GAUAUGGGAUGCGGUGGAGGGGGGGGUUCCGCGGGAGGGAAGGAAAGGAAAGUUUGGGGGUGGUUUUCAGGGUGCCCGAAGGGUGGGAGGAGGAACGCUUGUGGGAAGAGGUGAGGGAGGUGUGUGUAACGGGAGGAGUGGGGUGGGGAGGGAGGGAGUGCGGAGCUGGGCUGCGGGGUGUGCGGGAGGCUUUGGGGCACGGGUGGGUGUGUGCGUUCCUGGCUGACAGCGGCCCGGGCUGCACAGGCCAACGGAACGGCAGCAGGUGAAGGAGGCGAUCCUGCCUCUCUGCGCAGCGCUGCUGAGGCCGCACCCGGAGAGCCGUGCUCAGUUCUGGGCCUCCAGUACAGCAGAGAUGUGGACAAACUGGGGAGAGUCCCACGAAGCGCUGCUGUGAUGCUGCGGGGCCUGGGGCGGCUGUGCUGGGAGGAGAGGCUGAGAGCUGAUGCUGCUCAGCGUGGAGACUCGGUGGGAUCUUGCCUGUGUCCGUAAAUCCCUGUUGGGAGGUGCAGAGAACGCAGAGCCUGGCUCCUAUCGGUGGAGCCCAGUGCCAGGACGAGAGGCCGUGGGCACGAGCUAGAGCACAGGAGGCUCCAUUUGACCAUCAGGAAACACUAAUGUGCUGGGCAGGUGGCAGAGCAUUGCCACAGGGACCCAGAGAUUGUGGGUCCCCUCCUUGGGGAUCUUCAGAAGCCGCCUGGAUGUGGUGCUGGGCAGCCCUGCUGGAGCAAGGGUUCGAACAGAUGGACCCAGAGGUCCUUUCCAGCCUCAACCCAUCCAUGCUUUUGUGACUGUUUGCUUGCACUUCAGGUGGUUUCUAUUUUUGAGAGAUUAAUUAAGGGGCUGAAGCUCUUCCCCUUGCAGAGAUGUUAAGGUGUGGUUUAGGCAACAGUUAGGGUGUAGGGGAACAGGAGAUUUCAGGGGGGAGCUGAAUGUUGAGGUUUGAGAUCCAUGUAAUGUGUGUUAUUUGUGGUAGUUCAUAAGAGUAUGUCUGGACAUAAUUUGCGAUGGAAGGUUUUAUGUUUUCUUCCCUUUGAUGAUAAGGAUCAAGCCUGUAGGCUUCAUAGUGUCCUAUAGGUUCUUGAUAUCUGCAAACCUUGUUUUAAAGUUUGGGAUCCCAUGCUUUCAGAUGGGAUUUUUUUAUCAGUUUUUUUUUUAUCAGUGCUAAAUCUGGAGAGAUUUAAGCUAAAUCUGACUGCUUCAGGAGUAUCCUGGGCUAUGGUAGCAUUUACUACAGCUGCAGUAGGAAGAUCAGAACUUGACAGAAUAGUUGUAUGUCUUUAGGUUUGAAACUGGCCUGUAUGCUUCGUUUAGAGAAAAGGGAAAUGUGAUUCUAAACAGGGAGAGAAAAUGAGUGCUUAAGAGAGGUACUGGUGGCAAGGUGUUACCUGUUCAUGCUGUGCCAUUCUUAAAAGGAAACUUCUGCUCACGACGGUUAGAUAAAAUAACUUCUUAAGUAAUGUUAUUUUAAAAAUAAAACCCCACUCCAUCAACUACUUACUGGUUUCUGUUUGCUUUCAGAGCCUUUCACAUAGACUCCAAGUACAGAAAUUAAGGCAGGAGUUUCUUUAAGUGUGGUGCUACUGAAUUGGAUCUAAUCUUCUGUGGAGGAGCUUGCGUAACAGCACCAUCAAGUGAUGGGAGCUGCACUGUUGGUCUUCUGGUGUCUGGCGCUGAGUGCUCAUGGCUUGUCCGAAGGACAGAUCUCCUGCGUGAUCUGAAUGUACCAGGUUGUCCUCAUGAGUACUCCGGUGGAGAAUGUCCAUGAUCUUCUUUGCCUGCGUGGUGCGGGUGAGAGACGGGCUUCCCCUCUCAGCCUCCACAGAUUUUCAUUUCAACCAGGACUUUCUGGAAUGCAGAAAGAAACUGAAGGCAUUAUCCUCAGUUCUGGCGCGGUAUCCAAGUCGAGGCACAGCAAAAGGACGUGACCUUAGCAUACAUUUCCUGUCUUCUGGGGAUAUUGCCUGCAUGGCAAUCUGUUCCAGCAGUUACUCGACCAUCAUGGCAUUUUGCUUCCUGGAAGAGCUGCAGUGGGAAUUUGCUGCUUCCCAUGAUGCAACAAGCGUCAGUUUAGCUUCCAGACCGUAUGCUUUUCUUGAAUUUGAUAACGUCAUUCAGAAAGUCAAGCAGCGCUUCAACUACGCGAGCGGCUCGGCGGCGAAGCUCGGCUGGGAGAAGGUGGAAGAGGAGCUGAGGCUGCAGCCCCCGGUUCAGCUGAAGCUGGAGGAUGCCGAGCUGAUGAACGGGGUGGCUAACGGGGGGCACGCAGGAGUGCAUGUGGAGGUUGCCCCUGCGUACAGAAUGCAGCGUGUGACUCCCCUGGGGAUUCUGUCACUCGUGCUGAACAUCAUGUGUGGAGCUUUGAAUCUCAUCCGAGGAGUUCACCUAGCAGAGCAUUCAUUUCAGGAGGACUAUGAAGGAAUUGGAAACGUGAUCGCGUUUUUUCUACCUUUUCUAGCCUGUGUUUUUCAGUGUUAUUUGUACCUAUUCUACAGCUCGACGAGAAAGGUGAAGACGUUUGUACUCUUUUUCUCCAUUUGUUUAUGCAAUAUCUACUUGUAUGGAUUACGGAAUCUCUGGCAAAUAGCCUUUCACAUAGGAGUGGCAUCUCUUUCCUCCUACCAGAUACUGACAAGGCAACUUAUGGAGAAACAACCUGACUGUGGAGUAUGAAAAAGACUUUAGGUUGGCUACGCUCCUUUUAGAAUUUUUUCUUUUUUUGUAUUAAAAUGACCAAAAAUAGCUUGGAGUAUUUUUAAAUAUUUAUGACGAUGGUUACUGCAAGGAGGAUGUUCCAAAGCAACACAAAGUGCAGUAGUAAUGUCAAUCACACAGUGAAGAACUGAGCUGUGUUCAACAUGACGUGUGGUAAUUGUGCAUGAUAGAUUUUGUCAGGUGUCAUCAGCGGAGCGAGGUUCUCCUUACCAUAAACAGGCUCUUACUCUUUGACCAACACCAUCCAGACAACACUUUGCCAUCUGUCUUGCUGGCUUUGUAACAGUUUGGUGGGCCGAUGUCUUGGCUUGCCAACGCUUCUGAAAAUAUCGACAACGUACGGUAAAGUGAAGAUAAAGUGAUGGGGAACACUUUUGUCUAUAGAAUUUCUUAAGUGUUAAGAUUCUUGGUAAGUGUAAGUAAAGGAGUAGUUUGCCAUAGUUAGGUGAGUUCGUUAUCGAUGGGGAAAAAGCGUUAGGAUGGGAUUCAGGGUAUAUUUUUUUUUUCCUGGGUUUUGAAGGAAAGGAAAAGACUGGCUGCUUUAAAAAUCCUAGAGGCUAUAAAUAUCUCCUGGCUAACCAGCGCGUUGUCGUUAAGUAUGUGCUUAUUGUUUAAUCCCAAAUAUGCUUAGGGCAGCAAAAAGGAACCAAGCGAACACAAGUGACCUUUCAGCUCAGACCUUUAUUUCCUUGGUUAAGGUCACUCUCACUGUAAAAGCAAUUUCGUGUUUGCUUGGUCUGUACAGAUAAUAAACCUUCCAAGCCUCCUUAUGACAGGCCACUGGCUCCUUCACUUCUAAAACAAAGUAUAGUUGCUGAGUAGAAAGCCAUCUCCAGUAAUGGAGAGCAAGAGCAGGUUCUCUUUUUUUAUCUAGAACAUUUUCAGUUAAUGGUGUUGAGUUUUUAACACUAAGGUGAGUUUAUGAGCGUGCAAUUUUGGGUAUAGUACUUAGGAUCUGAGUUUCUUAACCUCUGCUGCACUGGGUAUUCCUGUACGUGAUGCAUUUCAGCACCUAUAUGAACGUGUAAGGCUGCCUGUGCUUAAAAAAAAGCACAGCAUUUUGAUGCAGCUGUCCCUGAAGGAUUGUAAAGACUCAAACUACGAAGAUACAGGGAACUGUAGGUGUGCUAUUGUCCAACUAUGGGCCUAGCUUUUCUUUUUUUCUUUUUUUUUUUUUUUCUUAUAAGCCUAUUUUCUUUUAGUGAGAACUCAUGGUGAUAGGUGGACGGUUGGACUGGAUGAUCUUGUGGGUCUUUUCCAGCCUUGGUGAUUCUAUGAUUCUGGGAUUCUAUUUUCUGGUGACCCCAUUUCCUUCACGAAAGCUCUUUCACCAAAGAUCUCUUCUCACAUCGUCUCUUCUCUGGUGGUUGCAGAGGGAUGAAGGCCAUGCAGAGUUGCCUUCCUGAGUUUGCAGGAAUGUGUGACAAAAUCACUUUCUUGCAUAUCUGUGAAUUUCCCUGGAAUCUCAUCGUGCCAACACUGCAAGUAUCAGUAAACUGCUAGACCAGAAUUGUGUAGCACUGUAGCUUGGAAGCACUUCUUUGAUGCUUCUGACUACAACCUGCAGCCUGUUAUAACCAGAAUGGGUUCUGGGACAUCAUGGUAGCAGAAUUUUUCCAGAAGUAAAAUAGAAGCAUUUCUCUUCCAUCCCAUGCUGGCCCAUUUACUGUCACAAUAAAUAACGAGAUCCUUUAAACUGCCUGGAAGAGUGUAGUAGAAAUGAUGGAGGAAGAUUUCAGCCAGCCAGUUAGGAACACUGCUAUGUGCUGUAAAGGGAUGGGUUAACACUGGUUCUCUGUCAUACACUGUGGCAGGAAACGGGGGCUAAGUGGAACAUGAAGCCAACAUUCAGCCCUUCUCCUUAUGGCACCCAGGGGUCCCCACAGAUGGGGAGGUUUUAGAGCUGUCAAGCUUUAGGUUUCCAUGCUGGUCAGCCCCAGUUUUACUUGGUGAGGUAGUCUUUCAUAGAGUCAUAGAAUUGCUCAGGUUGGAAAAGACCUUCAAGAUCAUCAAGUCCAACCACAACCUAACCAUACUACCCUAACAGCCCACCGCUAAGUCUGGUCCCUGGGCACCACAUCCAGACAAUGUGAUUUGAGGCUGCAGGGAACCAAGAAAUGUGGCUGGAUUACAGGUAAUGCAAGUAACUGAAAAGCAAACCAACAAAAAACCCAACCAGCCCAACCCUUGACCUCCCACUCUCUCCAUGUUCCCUCCAAAAAGCUUAAAGACAUCCAAAAAAUGUAUUAUUGGAAACUAAUGCUUUGUUAACCCAAUCUGUUGGGUGGCAGCCCUGCCCAUGGGAGGAGGUUGGGACUGGAUGACCUUUAAAGUUGCUUCCAACCCAAGCCAUGCUGUUUUUCUAUGGAAGGCACUGGAUCUGACGCAUUUUUGCUUGCCUAGGGUGUGAACUGGCUAUCAGCCUACUGGCUAACCAUGGGAAUCUCACCCUGUGGGGAAAGGAUAAAGCAUUUCCAACUACAGAAACUUGGUGAAAGGGACCUCAGUGACAUCCUCAAGCUCCCAUUUCCUACCCUUUUAGCCACCAUCAGGCUCAAGAAUCCAAAAGAGCUGUACAGGUUCUCCAUAAGAUUCAGUAUAGCUGGUUUGCUGUCAUUUAAGGCACGCAGAGCACUCACAGCUUGGGCACGGGCCCAGGGAGCCAUUAUCUUCUUUGAGUUCCAUAUCCCCCUCUUUAGCUGACGGAAGGAGCUGUAAUAUUCCUGGUGGCUCCUGAGCAUCUGUUUGCUUCGCCGUAAAACAAAGACAUCCCUGUGCCAGGUGAUGUGAGCAAUAGCUCACUUCAAUGAGAAAGGUAGAGCAAGGCGUUAAGACAGCUCUUGUCAUUAACGUCAUUAGAGUUGAUUAAGAGAUCAAAUUCAGCCUUCGCUUAAUGUUUUCUUUUCUUCCUGAGAAUGUUUUGUCAGAUAAAAUCAGCUGGUACAAUUCUACCUUCUUGUCAACGCUUCUGUGGAAUGGAUAGGGGAUCUCUAGAUCCCCUAGGUACCUGGGUCUCUUCUGAAUGGACAAAGCUCUGCUUUGCUGCGAGGCUUAAUCCCUUUGCAACCUUUUUAUUUUUCCUGUAAUAGGUGCAAGCCAUGUUAAGGAACCUGUGUGCAUUCACAUGAGCAUCGUGCCCAUGCACUUUGUCGGUGUGGGUUUUGAUUUGGGGACAAGGAAGAGCAAUCGUUGUCUGACCCAAUUUUUAUUUAGUGGUGUUUAUUUAGACUGGCUUCUGUAUCCACAUGGCAUUGGCACAGUUAAACUUAUUCCUCCAGUGAAACAGCAGGAGGAGUAGGAUAGCUUACAUUGAUUUCAGCGCUUUAAGAUUUAAUAAAAAAAGAAUGACUUGCAGUUUGAGUACAUGAAAUCUGACUCAUAACCUGGGAUUACGCCUGUGUUGAAUCAAAUCCCCAAAGAGGAAUCCAUCCCUUUUUGUUCAAGCUGUUGAACGCGCUCUGCCUUGUAUCUCCUUAACUCUGUCAGUUUUCGAGUCCCUGGGAAAUGGGCGAAGAAGAAACUUCAUUGGUUUAAAGAUUUGCGGUGCGCGGUCACUCGAUGAAACCCAUUUUCCGUUCUUUUUUCUCCUCCUCCUAAACAACCUGCUAAGUUUAUAGAAGGUGGGCUGGUACCUUUUUAGACAUUUUUGCACUGUAUUAAUAAUCGAACCUGUGUAAAUGUGUAUAAAAUCGUUUUGCAUGUGUAUGUAUAUAUGUACAUAUCUAAUAAAUGGCUUUUUUUUUUU